AUGCUUGAUGAGGCCCCACGCUCUGUCAACCGAAGCAGCUUCUACCCAGAGUCGUUCACCCUGGUGGGCAUCCCGGGCCUGGAGGAGUAUCACCUCUGGAUGGCCGUCCCGCUCUGUCUGAUGUACGUCACGGCCCUGCUGGGGAACCUGUCCCUGCUGCUCGUCAUUGCGACCGAGCGCAGCCUCCACCAGCCCAUGUGCCUCUUCCUGGCCAUGCUGGCGGUGGCUGACCUGGUCCUGUCGUCCUCCACGGUGCCCAAAACCCUCGGCGUGCUUCUGGCGCAUUCCAGGGAGAUCUCCUACACUGCCUGCCUCGCCCAGAUGUUCUUCACGCACGUGAGCUUCAUUGCAGAGUCCAGCAUCCUGCUGGCGAUGGCCUUCGAUCGGUACGUUGCCAUUUGUGACCCACUGCAGUACACGGCUAUUCUCACACACGUGGUGAUUGCAAAGAUCGGCCUGGCAGCUCUGCUGAGGGGCUUCUGUGUCAUGUUCCCAACCCUCUUCCUCCUGAGAAGGCUCCCGUAUUGCGAGCACAGGGUGAUGCCCCACUCCUACUGCGAGCACAUGAGCAUUGCCCGGAUGGCCUGUGGGGACAUAGCUGUCAACAUCUGGUACGGGUUCACGACCACCCUCCUGUCUCCUGUCCUAGACCUGGUGCUCAUCACGCUCUCCUACACCCUUAUCCUCAAGGCUGUCUUCAGGCUGCCCUCCAAGGAUGCUCGCCUCAAAGCAAUCGGGACCUGCAGCUGCCACCUCUGCGUCAUACUUCUGUUUUAUAUCCCAGCCUUGUUCUCCUUCUUUGCCCAUCGGUUUGGCCACGGCAUCCCACGGCAUGUCCUUGUCCUCUUGGCCAACGUCUACCAGCUUCUCCCACCUAUGCUCAACCCCAUCGUCUAUGCAGCAAAGACCAAAGCAAUUCGGGAACGGCUGGUCCGCACAUUCAUGCCAGCGGGAAAGAUGUGCUGA